AUGAUUUCUUCAUCAUCGGAGCAACUCGACUUGUUAAAUUCCAAAAAUUUUGUAUCACCAGCAGAGUUGGCCUAUCUGGAUUGUUAUUUGGAGGAUAGGACGAAGAAUAGCGAUGUGGAUUAUAGUAGAGUCUAUCAAGAAGCUAAGAAACAUAUUACAUGUAUGAAAAAAGCAACAUUUAACAAAUCCAAGAUAAAGUCUCUGUUAGGGGAAGGUGAUUUGGAAUCACAGGAAAAAUCAUAUAACUCGGUGGUGGAAAAACGAUUAAAAUUUCUGGAAUUGGUAAAUGAUAAAUUAUCAAAUUCAAUACAAUUUAUGGAAAAUAAUCAAGAUAAGGAUUUAAAUGUAAAGAUUAUUAUGGAACAAUUUACUACGACAUUCGAAUUUGCAGCAAAUAUUAUUCCUGUACCAACAGUUGAACCAGGAGAGGAAAAACCACAAAAAAAGAGAAAAUCGAAACAAUUAGAAAUUGACACAAGUGUUGCUACUACUUCCUCUUCUACGACAAAUCAUACAGCAGAAACACCAACUGAAACGCCAACAUCUGUUUCAGAAACACCAACUGAAGCAAAGGUGGAAUCCACUCCAAAGAAGAGAAAGUUCAAUAAGAGAACAGAAGCCUCAACUGCCACAAAGGUUCUUAAUGAUAGACUUUCAUCAAUUUUAGAGGAAUUAAAUAACCAUGAACAUGCUGAUAUUUUCAGAGAUGAAGUUCCAAAAGAUACACCUCAUUACUAUGAAAGUAUUUUACAACCAGUUUGCUUGACUCAACUCAAAAAAAAACUAGAAAAGAAGGAAAUUACAACAGAAUUGGAAUUGAAGCAUCAACUCUUAUUAAUGUACCAAAAUUGUAUUAUGUAUAACGAUGACGAUACUGAAUACUAUCAAGCAGCUAAAGAAAUGAAACAGUUUACAAUUGAUUUGUUUUCUACUGGAGCCAAUACAUCCCAAUCUAAUACUAAAAAAGUACAAACAAAGAAAAAAAAGAAAUAA